AUGAGUCACGUGGGCUGACGGGGGCGGGGCGGAAAGGCUGGAUAAGUUCCUUCCGGGUCAGUGACAGAAGCGUGGACUCCGCUGAGUAGUUGUUGGCGUCUUGGUCCGCUCCGCGUCUUCCUCGUAUCAACGCGAGGUGAUUGUGGUUUCCACGAUGAGCUCCCAGAAAGGGAACGUGGCUCGUUCCAGGCCUCAGAGGCACCAGAAUACGUUUAGCUUCAAAAAUGACAAGUUUGAUAAGAGUAUUCAGACCAAGAAAAUUAAUGCAAAGCUUCAUGAUGGAGUUUGUCAGCGCUGUAAAGAAGUUCUUGAAUGGCGUGUAAAAUACAGCAAAUAUAAACCAUUGUCAAAGCCUAAAAAAUGUGUUAAAUGUUUUCAAAAAGCAGUGAAAGAUUCUUAUCACAUAAUGUGUAGACCAUGUGCCUGUGAACUUGAAGUUUGUGCAAAAUGUGGAAAGAAAGAAGACAUUGUUAUUCCGUUUAAUAAAGAACCAGAAAAGACAGAAAAUCCUGAAAGUAAUCUACGUUCCAACCCUAGAAGUUGCAGAAGAAAUGAAGAAGAAAGUGAUGAUGAUUUAGAUUUUGAUAUUGAUUUAGAUGACACAAAAGACAAUCAAGGGGAUUAAUAUAUUCAAAGUCAGUUUGAAAACAUGAAAUUCCGAACAACUUUUGACUUUUGAGGGUUUUACACAAAAAUACUGUGAAAUCCUAAUGAGAAAAAUAGCAAAAACCUAUAUAGAAAACAGGCAAAAUUCACACAUGGACUAUAUAACUUAUGCAUGAUACUUGGAUAAUUAUGAAACUUUCAUGUAGUGUUUUCUUACAAUACAUUUUUUUUAAAAAGUUUUUUAAUGUUUAUUUUUGAGACAGGGAGAGACAGAGCACAAAUUGGGGAGGGCAAAGAGAGAGGGACACACAGAAUCUGAAGCAGACUCCAGGCUCUGAGCUGUCAGAAUAGAGCCCGACACGGGGCUUGAACUCACAAACGAUGAGAUCAUGACCUGAGCUGAAAUCAGACACUUCACCAACUGACUCAGCCACCCAGGCGCCCCUCUUAUAAUACACUUUUAAGUAGCAUAUGCCAGAGUACCUGCCAAAGUGAAUAUUAGGUUAUCAUAUUGCAGUUCAAGGGAAUUAUUUAGAAGAAUGUGCUACCUAAUAUCAAACUAAACAAGAUUCAGAAUUGUUACUUGUGUAAGAACUAUCUCAUGGAAAAAUCAGAUGAUAUAACUGUAGUGCAAGCUUCAAAAAUUGGUCCUCAGCACCUUUUGAUACAUUGAUCCCAAGUAAAUGACCCACAUAACAAAGUCCCUUUACUUAAAGUUUGCUUAUAAAAGACUUGUUAUUUAUUUUUUGUAAUAAUGUUUAAUAAGUGUAUUUAAGCAGUUUUUCUUGAAAGUAUUUUUACAUACUGGGUCACAUUUUUUAACCUUUCUUCUUUUGUGAAAUAUACAUACAGAAAAAAAUAUAUAAAAUACAUAUGUGUAAUUUAAUAAAUAAUUAUAAGAAAAAUACAUCUGUCUCCAGAUGAAGAAACUACUUUUAAACAAUAUAAAUUAGUUUUGUCUGAUUUUUAGUCUUUUUUAUCUUUUUAUUUUGAAAAAUCUCAAACCCAAAGAAAACAGCAAACUAGUAUAAUGAAACCUUGUGUAUUCUUCCCGUAGAUUCACAAUUGAUCUGUUACAUUUUCAUUAUAUCUCAUUAGGUAUUAGAUACAUAUUUUAUUUCCUGAACCAUUCGAAAAUAAGUGGCAGACAUUGGAUUUGAACUUUAUAUGAACAGACUUAUACAUGCAUGUUAUUUUGUAUCUCUUUAUAAUGAAAUAAAGAACAUGGAUGUGAAAUUGA